GGAGGGUCUGUCUGCCUGAAGCCGCACUCACUCGCUCUCUCUCUCUCCCCCUCAGUCUCUCUGUGACUCCCUGUUCCACUGGGUCUCUGCCUCCCACACACAGCCCAACACUAGCCCACUGCUGCAUCUCGGUGCUUUGAAGAAAACCAACAUCGAUCCCUUUGCUGUGUGACCAUGUCUGUCAGAGCUCUGAAGACCACCACCGUCUCCUCCAGGUCCAACUCCUCCGGGGGGGGCGGGGUCGGUCCAGGCCAGAGGUGCUACAGCAGCCGCUCCUUCUCCGGCUAUGGGGGUCCCGGCGCUGGCAAGCAGUCCUUCGCCGUCCGCAGCUCCUAUGGGGGCGUGGGCUCCAGCGGGGCCGGCAUGGGGGCCGGCAGCGGGGGCUUUGCGGUGGGCGGGUACGCGGCCGGAGGGUCGGGUCAGAGAGGCGGCGCCGUAGAGUAUGGCUACAUGGGCGUCGGCGGAGGUAUGGGCGGCGGUAUGGGCAUGGGUGGCGGUAUGUGCAUGGCUGGGGGUAUGGCUGGGGGUAUGGGUGGAGGCAUGGCCACCAGAGCGGCCCCCAUCACGUCUGUGACGGUCAACAAGAGCCUCCUGACGCCCCUGAACCUGGAGAUCGACCCCAGCAUCCAGGUGGUCCGCACCCAGGAGAAGGAGCAGAUCAAGGGCCUCAACAACCGCUUUGCCACCUUCAUCGACAAGGUGCGCUUCCUGGAGCAGCAGAACAAGAUGCUGGAGACCAAGUGGAAGCUGCUCCAGGAACAGACCAGCAGUCCCUCCAGCAUGGACGCCAUGUUCGAAGCCUACAUCUCCAACCUGCGCAGACAGCUCGACGGCCUGGGCAACGAGAAGCUGCGGAUGGAGUCCGAGCUGUAUAGCAUGAAGAGCAUGGUCGAGGACUUCAAGAACAGGUAUGAGGACGAGAUCAACAAGCGCAACGAGGCGGAAAACACCUUUGUGCUGAUAAAGAAGGAUACAGAUGCAGCCUACCUCGUUAAAGUUGAACUUGAGGCUAAAUUGGACGGCCUCUCAGAUGAACUUGAAUUCCUGAGACAGCUCUACGAUAUGGAGCUGCGUGAGCUGCAGAGCCAGAUCAAGGACACCUCGGUCGUCGUGGAGAUGGACAACAGCCGUAGCCUGGACAUGGACGCCGUGGUGGCGGAGGUGCGCGCUCAGUAUGAGGACAUCGCCAACCGCAGCAGGGCCGAGGCCGAGGCCUGGUACCAGUCUAAGUAUGCAGAGAUGCAGCAGUCAGCAGGGCAGCAUGGAAACGACGUGAAGUCAACCAAGGCUGAGAUCGCCGACAUGAACCGCAGGAUAAUGAGGCUUCAGUCGGAGAUCGACAUGGUGAAGGCCCAGCGCAACACCCUGGAGGGUCAGAUUGCAGAGGCUGAGGAGCGCGGCGAGAUGGCGGUGAAGGACGCCAAGCUCCGCAUCAGAGACCUGGAGGAGGCCCUCCAGAGAGCCAAGCACGACAUGACCUUGCAGGUCCGCCAGUACCAGGAGCUGAUGAACGUCAAGCUGGCCCUGGACAUUGAGAUCGCCACCUACAGGAAGCUGCUGGAAGGAGAGGAGGACAGGUUGCUCACAGGGAUCAAGACGUCAUGUGUGUCAAAGCAGACAUCUGUGAAUUACAACGCCUAUAACUGCAUGGAGAGCUCCCGCACACCAUCAUACGUGAGCGCCUCCUUCGGUGGAUCACAAGCAGUCAGCACCGCCUUCGGUGGCCACGAGGGGGCAGUGGUGAGCAGCGGAGACGACAAAGAAAGCAGCAGCAGCUCCGCCGCCACGGUCACCAAGGUAGAAGCCGUUGUUGUCAAGACGGAGGAGAAGCAGGAGGCCGAGGCCGAGCCGGUGGCGCCGGUGGCGCCGGUGGCUGCCGAGGAAAAGGAGAUUGCCGCUGUGGAGCAGGAGGCCACAGCAGAGGACGAGCCAGUGGAAGCCCCCGUUGAAGAGUGAAGUUCAUUCGUUCACCUGAAUGGUUGACCCCUUGAUGUCGUGGUUCGAUGAUCUAUUUCAUUCUGUUAAAAACAGAUAAUUGGGGGAAAAAUAAAUAAAUAAAUUGUUCCACACAUUUGCCAACCGUAUAAUGCUGAUUGCAUUCGUGUUCAAAUUUGAUGCAAACCUCAAUGUGAAAUAAAGGACUUAUGUAAACAGGAUAUCUAUCAGGCCUACUGAUGAAAGCCCAAUGGGCUCUUCAAGAACAGUUGAAGAAAACUUUUUUUCAUUUCAACUGUGUUUCAUCCCAAAAUCCUCUGGUUUGAAUAAAGAUUCCAAAGUUUCCUUUGAAGGUCUUAGUGUUCAUGCUUACUUUACUUUUUUUUUUACAUGUAGUCUAGAAUCAUCUUGAUCAUCUUGUAUUUAUAUUUCGGAUAGUAGAGUGUAUAUUUAUCAACCUGUCAUACACAGUGAAUCCUAAGCCCAGAACAAAGAAGAAGGCGGGGGAAUAAGACAAACGUAACCUCUUCAGCUCUGUUGUCUAGAACACACACAGUCAUCAUUUGAACACCAUCAUGAUUUUUGCCGGCUGUUGGUGCUGUUUGGUGUGUUCUGCUCUCUAUUUCUGUCCGUAGCGUUCAGUAGGCCUACAGGUUCCUCUUUUCACAGUCCAUGUGAGAAGGCCCAUUAGCCAUUUCACAAGUAGUAUUCAUUAGAAAUAUAUAACCCGUCCCUGACCCUGUGGUUCCUGAAUCUACUGUCUGCUAUCAGCAGUGUAGAAACAAAUGGGGAAUUCUCCACGUCCCUGACAAAUGUCUUUCGCUGUGGGCGUGCCUUCAGUGCAGUUGCAUGCCUCGGGUCACUCACAACAUACUUUUAUGAUGACAUUUUUUAUGAGAAGUAUGAAUACUGAUGCCUUGAAUCCAAAUAUUGGGCAAAGGUAACAAAUCUGCAGGUAGUUCAAGGAGCAGUUAACAAGGAACGACCCACCUCUUUUUUUUACUAUAGAGCAUGAAAAGGAUUCAAAGUUACAUGCUCUCCAUAGAUAGUACACACACAUACUCUAUGCACACAAGCCUGCGGCAAACAUACCAAACGACCCUAAUCAAGACAGGUUCAUGUUCUGUCAUAUCUGGGUUUGAUGGAUGGUCAAUAGACGUGUAAGAUUCCAGAAACAUUUUCGUAAUAAUGAAACAAUCAACCACGCUGAGAAGCACCAUCAUGUAAUGCCUGUUUACCAGAAUAACUUUUAUGUGUGGAUGUGUGAGGGCACCUAUAGAGAACACCAUUUCUAAAUUAUAUUUGCCAAAUUAUAGUUCAUCUCAGUACUACAAACCUAGCAAAAACCAAGCAGCGAUCUAAGUCUGUCCUGUUUUGUGGAAGCAUCUCGUGGUUGUGCAUGUGGGAUGGGUGUGGUAUGUUUGUAUGUGAAUGCAGAGAGAAGGAAUAAAUUACUACUUU